AUUUACCAGAGAUGCUGGUUAGUGUUCAAAAAAGCUUCAAGCAAAGGGCCAAAGCGGCUGGAGAAAUUCUCAGAUGAACGAGCUGCUUACUUUAGAUGCUAUCACAAGGUCACAGAGCUCAACAAUGUGAAGAAUAUAUUACGAAUGCCAAAAAGCACAAAGAAGCAUGCAGUUGGAAUUUAUUUUAAUGAUGACACAUCAAAAACCUUUGCUUGUGAGUCAGAACUUGAAGCAGAUGAGUGGUGCAAGGUGCUGCAGAUGGAGUGUCUUGAAACGCGGAUUAAUGACAUUAGCCUUGGAGAGCCUGACUUGCUGGCAUCUGGAGUAGAGAGGGAACAGAGUGAGAGAUUCAAUGUGUAUUUGAUGCCAUCCCCUAAUUUAGAUGUGCAUGGGGAAUGUACCUUGCAGAUAACAUUUGAGAAUAUCUGUCUUUGGGACAUCCAGAAUCCCAGAGUAAAACUCGUCUCUUGGCCAUUAAGUGCCCUCCGGCGCUAUGGACGGGACCCCUCUUGGUUCACAUUUGAAGCUGGGAGGUAG